ACCCACACCCCACACCCACACCCACACCCAGACCCUUUAUUUUUGAAGAGAUACAAAGUUAUUACAUUCUCUUGUUAUCUUUCGGUCGACGUAUGUUUACAUAGCGUAUGAGCCGAAAAAUAAGUUGGUAUAUCCCGUUUUGAAUGACUCACUUUAUUUUUUCUCUCUACUUAAAACAACGAUUGUUUUUCACACUUUUUUUUUGACCAUUCGUGUACAUGCAUACCUGAAAUAACAUUAUGGUCAGCACAAUUUUGGAUGGUUUACCAGUCGAGUUGUUUUAUCAAGUACUGUCUUAUCUUUCAUGUUCUCAUAUAUUACGAGCAUUUCAUUUAUUAAGCAGCUAUGUAAAUGAGAUUCUCAUUAGUUAUGAUCAAUAUUAUUUGGAUUUAUCUUCAUCAGAUAUAGCGAAAAAUGAAAUCGAUCUUAUCUGUUCAUUUCUAAGAUCAAAUCAAAUUAUUGAAUUGAAAUUUGGUAAAACGAAUUUUAAUUUAGUAAAUCAAUUUCUAUCAAGUUUUUCAAGUAAAUAACCAUUUAUUCGUCUUCGUUCACUUUGGAUUGAUGAUACAAGCAUUGUUGAUCAAUUAUUUAUAUCAAGAUUAGCACCAUUUAUAAAUUAUAAUAAUCUCAUUUCAAUACGUAUUAAUCGUAUUCAUAUUAGUGAACAUUAUACAAUAUCAAAGUACUCAUUUAAUUGUCUUUCACAUCUUGUUUCAUGUUCAAGUAAUCAAUUUCGUCAAAUAUCUAAAGAAAUACCAACUCAUUUAACAUAUUUGCAUAUGUAUUUUGAUUCUAUUAAUGAUAUGGAUCAAUUUAUUCGUCCAAAUAUGAAUCAACUACAAUCGCUAGGUGUUGGUAUUCAGUGUAGUGUAAAUGACAUCAAUCAAUUUAUGUUAAUUUUCAGUAAUUAUCAAUGGAAUCGAUUAGUUCAAUUGGAUCUAAAUUUCAAUGCUGAAUACGAUGAUUUUGAAGGAAUGCUAAUGUUUCAUUCUUUACCUUCACCAAGAUUUAAUCAUGUGACAAAACUUUCAUUAAAUGGAUGCUUAACAAUAGAUUUGUGCGAUGCAAUUCAAAAUCAUGUUAAUCUUGGUAUGAUCCAACAUUUUCAAUUUUCAUCAACUGUUGGUAGUACUGAAGUUCUUAUGGAAUUAAUUAAUAAUAUGCCUAAUCUCUCUUCUAUUCAUAUUCAAUAUUUACAUUGUCUUGAUUUAUUUAAUCUAAUUUUAUUAGCAAAUCUUUCAAUUCGUCAUCUGGUUCUAUUUGAUUAUGAAUCAACAAUAAGAAAACAACUAUUCUAUCAUAUAUGUCGAGUUUUUUCACGAUUAACUCAUUUAACAACAGAUUAUUAUUCACGACGAGCACUUAGUUAUUUAUUAACUAAACUUGUUUAUCUUGAGCAGCUCACAUUACGUUUAGCUAAAGAUCAAUAUGCUUCAAAUUAUGGUUAG